CCACAGCUCACCGACACAUCCGCCUACAAAUCUGAAAUUUCACAAGGUCACACAUCACGCAUAUCAAACUACUACUCCAUUCGCCCAUUGUCCCCGCUGCCUUUCUUGACCUGCUCUGAGCUAGAAAUCACUCUCCUGGUAAAGCGCUUAGUAGUAUUUCCGAAGUCUCUGGCUUCUAGCGUUCUACCUCGUUUCACCGUCAUGGCUCGUUCUCAUAUGCCCUUCUCUGUUCUGGCAUUGGUUGUAACAGCUCUACUCGUCUCAUGCGCGGAGUCUAGAAACCUCCCCAACGAACUGCUUGGGAAUCGCAUCCCAAUUCGGCCGGCGAACGGGUCGAUCAAGCUCAAUGUCACGCUCAGCCUGAACAACAGCGUCUCUGACCUCAAAUCCACGUUACAAGCGCAGGUCGUUUCGCUAGAAGCCGCGCUGACGAAAUCGCUCAACAAGCUCGCAACCGCAUUGAACGAUAGCGCAUUCACGGCGACAUCCGCGCUUCAAGCGCAAGUCUCCGCCCUUCAAAGCAGCUUCGCCGCGUUACAGGAACGCAUAGCAAGCCUCGAGCUUGUCACCUCCGUUACAAUCACGGCUUCUAGCACUUCCCAGGUCACACCGGCCGCCAUUUCCGCUCUCCAGUCGCGGAUCUCGUCGCUCAGAGCCAGCAUCCCCUCUAUUAGCAAACGCGCUACAUCUCUCAACACCGACCUGGGAAGCAUCCUCGCCAACCUGCACGCGUUGCUGAGUCAGAGAAUCGCGGCGCUGACUCAGAGGGUCGGUGCGUUGAAUCUGGACGUGUCGGCGCUCGCUGCUCAAGUCGACGCGCUCCUCGCCCCGCUGAGUGACGCCCUUGGCGUGACGGACCUCGUGGCCCUGCUGCCGCAGCAAGCAGGCAUGCUCCGUGGCGUUAUGACUUCAUGCGAGGGCCUUGUGCAGGCAGGGGCAGCCAACAUCCAGAUCACGAAAAUUGGCUCGUCGUACACCCUAGCCUACUACCUCGUUGCCACAGGCAUCACGGAGGCACCUCAGGCACAGGCCAUCUACCGCGGCAGCCCCUGCAGCGGCGGGGCCAGCUCGUCCCUGCAACUCACCGGCACAUGGCAGCUCGUGAGCUCUGUCUCGUGGUCGCUGGUGAAUGUCGUGACUGUGGCGGAGGGGAAUGUUGCGGAUCUGCUCAGCACCAUCCAGCUUACUUCUAAUGGAGACCUGUAUAUAGGAUUCAUGGGCAGCAGCAGCAGCUUGUCAGGGAAGCUGAUUGGUGGGAAAUUCUGAGGAAAGAGAAACGUGAUACAGGAGAGGGUGACAGAAGACUGCAGAAGGGACAUCACGUAUGCACAAAUGAUGCAUGUGAUAUAACUGUUUGUGCAUUUGUGAUGUUUCAUCUCACUCACUUGUAUAGCAAAGCAUUGUGCAAGAAUUGUAUGGGUUAUUGCAUCCAAUGAAGUGUUGCUUCCGAG